AAGAGCACUGCAGCGGCUGUGUCUCUUCCAGCAUCAUCGUUCUUCACCUCCAUCAUCACUGUCGCUCUAUAAGCUGUUGUCCUCUCGGCCUCCUCCGUCCAACACCCGGCACCAGUAUGUCCGACAAGAGUGAGCUGAAGGCUGAGCUGGAGAGGAAGAAACAACGGAUCGCCCAGAUUCGAGAGGAGAAAAAGAGAAAAGAGGAGGAGAAGAAAAAGAAGGAUGGAGAUUCAAAGCGUGGAGCGGAGGCAGGAGGUGGUUCCUCGGGCAGCCAUGAAGAUUCUGACCUGGAGAGGAAGAGGAGGGAGGCGGAGGCGCUCCUGCAGAGUGUUGGCAUCACUCCUGACAUACCCCAUGCUCAGCCCCUGAGGGUAGUAACAGAAGAUACAUGUCUGUUUCACUACCUAGUCCCUGCCCCCAUGUCUCCCUCCAACAAAUCAGUGGGCAGUGACGCAGGAAGCCAAGAUUCUGGGGACGGAAACGCAGGACCAAGGACAUUGCAUUGGGAUCCUGACCCCUCUACUCUGCAACUGCACUCCGACUCUGAGCUGAUGGGACGUGGCGCUGUGAGGCUGGGCAUGUCCAAAGUGACCCAGGUGGAAUUUGUCCCGAAGGAAAUGGUUUCUUACUCCAAAGAAACGCAGACACCCACCGAGGCACUGUCACACGUUGAUCAAAAAGCAGAUGAGGAAGAGGAUGAGGAGAUCACUGCUCCUGCUCCAGUGGAAGACACCAACGAAGACAAAGAUGAACAGGGAGAACAGCAGGAUGAGGAAACUCCCAAGGAGCUGACUGAAGAAGAGAAGCUGCAGGUCAUGCACUCCGAGGAGUUCUUGUCGUUUUUCGAACGAGGCAGCAGAAUUGUUGAGAGAGCUCUGGCUGAGCAGGUGGACGUCUGCUUCGACUACAGUGGCAGAGAUCUGGAGGAUAAGGAGGGUGACUUGCAGGCGGGAGCAAAGCUGGUUCUGAACAGACAGUUUGCAGAUGAGCACUGGACUAAAAACAGAGUGGUCACCUGUCUUGACUGGUCCCCUCAGUACCCAGAACUGCUCCUGGCCUCAUACAACAACAAUGAGGAUGCUCCUCAUGAGCCUGAUGGAGUGGCACUGGUCUGGAACAUGAAGUACAAGAAGGGCACACCCGAGUACAUCUUCCACUGCCAGUCAGAGGUGAUGUCAGCUGGGUUUGCAAAGUUUCACCCCAACCUGGUGGUGGGUGGGACAUAUUCGGGACAGAUUGUCCUGUGGGACAACAGGAGCAACAAGCGCACCCCUGUUCAGAGAACCCCCCUGUCUGCAGCUGCUCAUACACACCCAGUCUACUGUGUGAACGUGGUAGGAACCCAGAACGCCAACAACCUGAUCAGCAUUUCCACUGAUGGAAAAAUGUGCUCUUGGAGCCUUGACAUGCUCUCACAGCCGCAGGACAGUCUGGAGCUGGUGUUCAAACAGAGCAAGGCAGUGGCUGUUACCUCCAUGGCCUUCCCUCUGGGAGACGUGAACAACUUUGUGGUGGGCAGUGAGGACGGCUCCGUUUACACCGCCUGUCGACACGGAAGUAAGGCAGGUAUCACUGAGGUGUUCGAAGGCCACCAUGGUCCAGUGACUGGGCUGAGCUGUCACAGCGCUGGUGGACCUGUUGACUUCUCUCAUCUCUUCAUCUCCUCCUCUUUUGAUUGGACCGUCAAACUCUGGAGCACCAAGAGUACCCGUCCACUGUACUCAUUUGAGGACAGUUGUGACUACGUCUAUGAUGCAAUGUGGUCUCCAACCCACCCUGCUCUGUUUGCUUGCGUGGACCUAGCCGGACGUCUGGACCUGUGGAACCUCAACAAUGACACUGAAGUUCCCACUGCCAGUGUGUGUGUGGAGGGGUCUCCAGCACUGAACCGUGUGAGAUGGGCUCACACUGGAAAAGAGAUCGCCACUGGGGACUCAGACGGACAGGUGCAGGUCUACGACGUAGGGGAGCAAAUCUGCGUGCCAAAGGCUGACGAGUGGACGCGCUUCGUCAGGACGCUGGCUGAGAUCAAUGAGAACCGAGAUGAAGCUGAGGAACUGGCCAAUGUCUGAUAAUGUAAACCCCACCUCACUAACAACUGCUCAUUAUUCCUCUUCAGGGGCCUGUUGCACCAAUUGGUCUUUGUUAAGUCAGUCUUUGUUAAGUCAGUCUUUAUAAUGGACUUAAGUUCAGUUGAACCAACUGAACAUAAGACUUGUCUUAACUACGCCCGGUCUUAGCGAUGCGCAAUCAUGUGAAGACCCACUUUUGUGCUGAUAGACAAUGAUCGCUGACAGCCCAACUGGCUUGUUUCACAUUUAUAAAGUUGUUGCUGUAAUUAUAAGCAGUUACUUGUAAAAAAAAAUUAUUCAAUGGCGCAAAUUUAAUGAAAUGGAGCAGAGAUCAUAGACCUCUUCACAGAACAUAUUGGUUUCUGAGCUUCUUAACUUUCAAAAAGAGAGAGAGAGAGAGAGCACUGUAAACUGUAAACAGAUGAUUUUACACACCACCCAGCAGCUCUGUGUGAGAGCCGGAGAAUGGGUUUGACUCAGCACAUUGAGAAGCUACUUCACUAAUGCUUCAUCAUCAUUUGCCAGCUUAGAUUUUGACUAAGCCUGCUUCUGACCAGGCGUAAUAUUUCAAACAAUCUGGUUAGACUUAGAACGGCGACUUAGCUUAAGACCAGAUGUGAGACCAGCUGGUGUGACCGGCCCCGGUACAUUAUCAAACUAUGGCACACACACACACACUGCCAAGAGGAGCUGUUCUCUCCUCUGUGGCUUCUACCUUUUCCACCCACUACUACAUGAACUGGCCUGAGGAGACGUGCAGAGCUAGAACAGAUAGAAAAGACAGUUUUAAAUGUAUUUUUAAAAUGUCCUCAAGAGAACAUUUGUAGAUACAAUGAAUGUCAUAUGUAGCAGUGGUAGUACAGUAAGUUAGGUGAUUGAGAAGAACACAGGGAAGUGAUGAUCGGGAUCAACAUGGCUGUCCACUCUCUACACUUCUAGCAUUGAUUACAUCCUCGGUGCUCCAGAAUCUGCUCCUGUCCUGAGGCCUCAACCAACUCAGCCCUUUUUUUAAAAUAUGCAAACCUUUGUACUUGCACCUUUUUAUUACCAUUUUAGUGUUUUUACAUGUUUUAAUAUUUUCUGGACACACUUGUGCACACAGUUGGCAGAGUGUUUUUAGGGAAUCAAAAGAAAAAGAAACGCUGACAUUUCAGAAUCAUUUCCUCUGUAUCCUAAGCAGCACUUUAAUUUGAUGACUAAAACAGGAUCAUGUGCUUACACUUUUCUGGCCUGUGCGGAAGUGUGUCACUCUUACAUUUUAACCACAACAAUAUUUAAUAUUUAUUCCAAAGGUGGCACUUAUUUAAAUAUUUUGUUUUGUUUAAAAAUGCUUUGUACUAAAAGCUUGAGUAGUACAUUCCUAAAAUUAGCACAAGCUUUUCCCAAUUAAAGUCCAUUACUAUACUUGCCUUGAAUUUAUUGACACUAGUUCAAUUAAGUGGUGUUUUCUCUGUACCAAAGGUUGUUUUCUACUCUGUACCUAUCCAAGUAGUAAAACAGUUUCCUGACGUGUCCUCUUUGAGGGUUGAAAUAAAAAGUAAAGAUGAGGCUGGAUAAUAACUAAUACUUUUUCUCAAUCCAAUUUUUCUUCAUGAUGCAGCAGUCCAAUGUCACCAGGCUUGUAAAAAUAAAUUUGCUUCAAUAUAUAAAAUGAGAAAAUUGCACUGUAGCCACCAUGUUUGUUACAACAGGAUAAAUUGUCAGUAUUCUGCAGAGAAUUAUUGUACCGUGUUCUUUCCUGUUACCGAUAUGAUACACUUCUCCAUUGGAAUAAAACUUGAGACUUAAUAGUAAAAUUAAACCCAUAUGGAUGAUUUAUUUCAAUAAAAUACAAUGACAGAAUUGAGAUACAUUUAAUUUAUUAAUACCUAAUUCUCUGCUCGUCAUUCUUGUUUCGCCAAGAAAACACUUUGUACAUCAGUAAGAGCGAUUCUCAAGAGACCAUGACCAAAGGCCCCACGUUGCCAUUAACAUGACAGCUACUGUAUAAUGAUGCCAACUGAAUGUUACGGCUGGAGCUCUGUCUCGUAACAUUUUCUUUGUUGCAGUUAUACAAUAUGUACAGUACGUAACCUCCUCUGUGAGGACUGUAUCGAGAGUGACGCCCAAAAACCAUGCUGAGCAAUCUAAUCAUUUCUAUGCCAGCUGUCCAAAUGAGAAGCGCUACUCAAACUGAGUAUGAGACAGAAAACAAAAUAUAAAUCAUAUCAGCUACUCAUGAGAGAGAGACAGGAGUGAGAGUCAAUUUUAUACAAAUGCUGGAGAGAAGGAACACAAAGGAUGAAGAGGCCAGGAGCGAGCAGGCACUCAAGAUACAACACUGUCAGCACUCUGGUCCCGUCUCUGUCUGUCUGCCUCUACAACUGGGACUGUGGGACCAGUGGAUCACACCUUCACCCUGGAGAGAGUAGAUGGGCUGUUUGUUCCUAACCUUAUGGCCCCUAUUUGUGGAGUGCAUGUUAACCGUUGUGUUUGUUUGUGUAUCUAAGUUUCUGGCUCCUGGUAGAUGAGGAGAGAGAUAGCAGAAUGAUAUGGAGAUGCUGGGGCCUCUA